AUGCAAGCAGAUCUCGGUGGGACUGAAUUGUUACGACCAUUGAAAUGGAUUGAAGAACAUUCACCUGGUCAAGGCCGUGCUCGUCAAAUAUUUCUUCUAACCGACGGCGAGAUUUCUAAUGUGACAGAAGUGCUCGAUCUCUGUCGUUCAAUGGCUACAUCUACUCGAAUAUUUUCAUUUGGCUUAGGACAAUCACCAAGUCGAUCGUUAGUAAAAGGUCUCGCUCGUGCGACUAAUGGUCGAUUUGUUUUUAUACCACCCAAUGCAAACGUCGAUGUAUACGUUAGAGAACAAUUGCAAAAAGCACUUCAACCAUGUAUUACCAAUGUUCGUGUUAAAUGGAAUCUUGGAGUUCCAGUUCAGAGUGCUCCAAUUCAAUCACCUCCAGUCUACGUCAACGAUCGUCUGAUUGUUUAUGCUCUGAUCAAUGAUAAAAUAGCUUCUUUUCAUCACAAUUCAUCUGUAGAACUAGAAACCGAGUUCGAUCAUUGUUCAUUAGGCGUGGCCAAAGUCGAUCAUAUACCGAGUGUUAGCAAUAACGAAACACUUGCUCGUCUAGCGGCUAAAGCACUCAUUCUCGAAUUGCAACACGUCAAGCGACCGUCAUCGAAUACAAAAAGAAUGAAAACAGGUUCGACACAAUCACAAUUUCAAGAAUUACAAGAACCGACGGCAAAAAAUAAGGAGAAAAUGGAAACAUCAUCGGAGGAGACAACCAAACAACGUAUUAUUGCAUUAUCGUUGAAAUACAAUAUCUUGAGUCCUCAUACCGCAUUUGUUGGUAUCGAGAAACGAACAAAUGCAAGUAAUAUCGACAUGGUUCUUCGUGAAGUACCCAUUCAAAUUUCUGCCGGUGAUCAGCAUUUGCAAAUGUCUGUGCAAGGAUCGUUUUCGACUGGUGGUAGAGGUGGACGUGGAUUUGGACUUGGUGUUGGAGGCGCUCUUAGACAUCGUAAGGUGAUGGCUAGCUAUUCUUAUAAUACUCGUGCCACGCGCUCUAAAGCGACGCCAUCAUUAGCACCAAAUGCAAACCUGGAAUUACAGGAAGAUGAAGCAUCGUUUGAUGCACGUAUGCCUUCGUCGACAGCUUAUAAACCAAUAUCCUCAAUGGCAGAAGAUAUUUCCAUGCAUGAUGAGGACGAUACGUUCUCCGACUCAAUGUCUAAGAAAGAAAAGAAAAAGUCUUCGGAAAAAGAAACAUGGCCAUCGAAUGAUCAAGAUAUCGUUCGAUAUUUGAUCAACAAACAAAAAUUUGACGGUCUUUGGUCUCUUGACUCACAAGAUGUUAAGAACUUGACUGGAAAAACACUUGUUGACUUUCAAACGCAAAAUAGUCAAGUCGAUCAUCAUGUGCUUGUCUCAGCCAUUAUCAUUGCUGUGCUUGAGACACGUUUUGCUGCGUUAACAACGAUGUGGUACGGCGUCGUCCAAAAGGCUCGCAAGCGUCUCAUUGAUCUACUUGGAACAGAUUCAAAAAAUCUCGAUCAACUUCUUGAAAAUAUUCGUAAACAAUUUUAA